CUUGAACCUUUGGACAGUGGAGGUCAGUGUUGUGAAGAUGAGUUUGGUAGGAGGAUACUCGAUGCCGCAGACUUACGGCCAUGCCACGAUGGGGCACACGCCUUCCCCCGAGGCACUAUACUCGCCUUACUACUCCCACCCGAGUCCCCCCGGGCAGGCGCUGUACCCAGGCUGGGGCUAUUCUCCCCCAGGCUACUCUCCAGGGUAUUCGUCCGAGGUAGCCGUAGCCUGUCAGGAAUAUGGCGUGUCCGGAGGCUUUGUCGUGGGCCCCGGUUCCCCCCACGACCUCGGGGGCGACUACACAAUUGAAAUGGUGGACGGCUGCGGCCGCGUGGUGAAGCGAAGGUCGUCGGCCAACAAGAAGGAGCGUCGGCGCACCCAGAGCAUCAACAACGCCUUCGCGGAGUUGCGCGAGUGCAUCCCCAACGUCCCGGCCGACACCAAGCUCUCCAAGAUCAAAACGCUGCGCCUCGCCACCUCCUACAUCGCCUACCUGAUGGAGGUCCUGCACACGGAGGACUCCAACCCCGCCCCCCCGCCCGAGCCCUUCCGCGCCGACCUGCCGCCCAGAACCAGACCCUCGCAGCCCAUCCCCGCCGAGCACGAAAAGGUUGCCACCUCCGUCGCGCCCGCUUCCCUCUCCUCCAGCCCAGAGACCAAGCGUGGGCGUACAGGCUGGCCCCAAGAGGUGUGGGCGCAGGAACUGAAGAAGUAGGCACGCCCGCCACGUCCUCUGAAGGAAGAAGAGGGCGGCAAGAGAUAUAUUCCCUCAGUGUGAAAGAUUUUAAUGCGAUAAGAACUAUUAUAGAACAUCAAGAGGCUAAUGAUGAAAUGCUGAGCCAAGAUGGACAUUAAAAGAAAUCGUACGAAACCUUGAGAUUAAUUAAGGUUAUAGCCUCAGCAAAUGUACUUAAGUGUUGUUUGUAACAUCCAAAAUAUCUGUCUAAGACAUCUUAUGAGAGACAGAGAGAGAAAGAAAAAAAAAACAC